CGCACCUGAGCAGUCUGCUAUACCAAGUGGGCCAUCUAUGGACAGAAAGGAAACUCUCUGUUUGCGUUUCUAGCUUUUCGUUCUCAUUUCUCGUGUAAAGGACCGACAUGGCUGUGGCCGAGGCAGUGCUGCCUUCCGUUACUUCGUUCCCCGGCAUGCAGUCGCUGGAGCAGAAGCUGUCUCCAGCUGUCAGUCUGUGGAAGGAGUGUGAACGGAGCAGUGCAACAGGUGCUGCAGAGAUGAACCCGCUCAUUGAAGUGGAGUUCAGCAUCGUCCAGUCUCCCGCUAUGCUUCCCAGCACCAAAGACGACGACGAGCUGGGGAAAUUCCUCGACUUGGAGUUCAUUUUGUCCAACACUAUCGGUUCCGAGGUUGUAAACGACAAUGGCAAUAGUUCGCCUUCUCCGCAGCAGCAGUGCGCGUAUUCCCUACCGGAGUCGCCUGAGAGCUGCAGCGGUAACUCUGUGCCAGACGGCAGCGACGCACCACAUCCCCAUCUCCCCCCGCAUGUUUACAACGCUACCGGAGGCUUCACAGGCUCAAACCCGGUCCGCAGCCUCAUGGCGGAGCUUCUUACGCCGGAGAUAAACUACCCGGGGGACAGUUUAUCGGACAGUGACGACAAGGCGAGAGACGGGCGGGAGUACACCGAGCUGCGAGCCUUGAGCUCGGUCACCACUCCCGUCAAUCCCGCUCAACUCAGAGCGUCCACAUCUCCGUCCUCGGUUGAAUACAAAGUCAAAACGGAGCCCACGGGGCAGUCUUGUAUGGUUGCUGCCGCAAACGGGGACUUCAUGGGACAAAUGUAUGACCACAAGCACCAGAUGCACUCCGUGCAUCCAGCAGCUUUUACGCACCGCCAGACAACCGUCCCCGCUGCACUACCGGGGUUUGGUGUGCACUCCAUGCAGCACACUGCGCCUCAGGGACGCACAGACUGCCAUUUGGCGCAAAUGAACUCUACUAUGAGCCCUCAUCAUCACCACCACCAUCCUAACCCUCCUCCUCAUCAUCAUCUUCAAAACCAGUACAUGAAUGCGCCCUAUCCGCCGCAGUACGCACAUCAGGGCGCGCCCCAGUUUCACGGACAGUAUAACAUGUACCGGGAGCCCUUACGCGUUCACCAGCAGCAUCACCCGUCAUCUAUGCAAGGGAUGAUGCUCACUCCCCCCUCUUCGCCGUCGUUGCUGGAGUUUUACGCGCAAGAGGACGGAGGAAGCAUCAAGCAGAAACGAGGGCGCAGAUCAUGGGCCAGGAAGCGCGCAGCAACGCACAGCUGCGAGUUCCCCGGCUGUGGCAAAACCUACACUAAGAGCUCCCACCUCAAAGCCCACAUGAGAACACACACAGGUGAAAAGCCAUACCACUGCAACUGGGAGGGCUGCGGCUGGAAAUUCGCCAGGUCUGAUGAGCUGACUCGUCACUUCCGGAAGCACACCGGACACCGGCCAUUCCAGUGCCACCUGUGUGAACGGGCUUUCUCCCGCUCCGACCACCUGGCCCUUCACAUGAAGCGGCACAUGUAGGCCUGAACAAACCAAUGGACUUCACCACCAUCAUCAUGUCUUUACCAGCUGUUGUGCCCGGCUUCACCUCGGGAUCAUACUGAAGAAUCCCACAGGGGGCCCCGGGGCAAGCGUUUUGUAUGGGCCUGCUCACACCUGUAAAAUGUGCAUCUGCCUCGGCCUAAAAAAUCACUACAGCAUACCUACAAAAUUCUAGUUUGUAGUGACAGGAUAUGGUAAAUGAAUAAAUGGUUCAGUGGAAAGUUAUUGAACAUAGCCAUGAUAUUAUGUGUAUUUGAAUUACAGAUUUACUGGCUCCUCAGGCCCCCGGUAGGCUCUAGGGAAUAUCCAACAUUUGCUGGUGUUUUAUUGUAAAUAUUUGUGCAUAUAUGAAUCAUUGUGGCUAAAUUAUAGUAGUUCAGUAUUUAAGACAUUCUCUUGCUCUGUCCUCUGAUAACUUAUUGUCAGUAAGUGCCUUAACAGGAUUGCCGAUUAGCUUUCUGAAAGGAAACACUAACUGUGGGCAGGACCCAGUAUUUUUGUACAUAAUGUAAAUUAUAUUUUUAUGUUUACAAUUUUCUUAUAACUUUGAUACUAUUCAAAUCAGGUCAGGGUUUUUAUUGGCAAUUUUUUUACUCUAUUUUCUCAAUGUUUUUAUACACCAUAUCAAAAUAAAUGUGUUCAAUGAUGUAGGCUACAUUUCAGACCAAAUCAAGAUGAUUUUGUGAAGGCUUGCUCAAGAAACACUCUCAAUUCAGGUACUAAAACUUUGCCUUUCAAUAUUUAAUUCAGUUUCCAUUAUGUUUAAAUCCAGGAUAAUUCAAUCUUCAGGAAUGCAAUCAAGCAGAUUUCUGGUGAAUGAACACUCAAUUCAGUUGAUUCAAAAUGUUUUCAAAUGAUACCACAAACACUCGUUUCUGUAUAAACUGAUAGGUGAUUUGCUUUUGUUCGAAGGAGGAAAACACACUAUUUGUGGCCUGGUUGAAUAUGAACCAGCCUGCAGUGGCUGAACUAUGCUAUGAAAGCUUUACUUGAAACAAACUUCUGACCAACUUAAAUGUACCAUACUGCAGAGUGCAAUUGUUUGUGAAUGCUUUCCAAUUAUGCAAAUAUUGAUUGGUAUAACUGUACCAAUAUGAAGUGCUAAAGGGCUCAAACUAUUCUCUGAAAAUAAAAUGACUUUAAA